UUUAGAUGAAAGCUCCGUGCCCAUUCACGCAACCGCGCCGAGCCGCCGAGAUUAGGACCAGGUCGUCCUCUGAACCGGCUCAAUUAUUCAGCUCAGAUGACCUCAUCAUAUUCUCAGCUUCGUAGCAACUGCGGUGCUCUGAUUUGUUCUCUUAACUUGAGAGACAUCACCGGCUAAUCGUUCCAGCUGCUAUCAGCUAUCGCCAUGGCGUCGUCUUCCUCCUUGUUCAAGCAGCUGGGCCUUACGGGGGCCGGCUCCCCCCUCUCCGGCCGCCACCUCCUCCUCAUCCUCCUCGGUGCAGGCUUCCUCGCGUUCACCGUCUUCGUCGUCCACCCCAACGAGUUCCGAAUCCAAUCCUUCUUCGCAGGCAGCUGCGGCCGCCCCAGCGCGGAGGCCGUCGCUGCCGCGUCACCCGACAAGGCUGGCAGCGUCCCCCGUGCCACCGCCACGGAGGCCGCACAGGCGCCGGCGCCGGCGCCGGACGACGACGCCGAUGUGCGCGUCCUCAUCGGCAUCCAGACGCUGCCGGCUAAGUACGAGCGGCGGCACCUGCUGCGGACGGUGUACUCGCUCCAGGUCCGUGAGCACCCGUCCCUCGCCGGGCGCGUGGAUGUCCGGUUCGUCUUCUGCAACGUGACGUCCCCGGACGACGCGGUGUUCGUGGCGCUGGAGAUCAUGCGCUACGGCGAUAUCAUCGUGCUGGACUGCGCGGAGAACAUGGACAACGGCAAGACGUACACCUUCUUCUCCACCGUGGCCCGCGCGUUCAACACCACCAGGUACGACUACGUGAUGAAGGCCGACGACGACACGUACCUGCGGCUGCCGGCGCUGGCGGCGUCGCUGCGCGGCGCCGCCCGGGAGGACGCCUACUUCGGGCUGCAGAUGCCGUGCGACCGCGAGAACUUCUACCCGUUCCCGCCCUUCAUGUCCGGGAUGGGGUACGCGCUGUCGUGGGACCUGGUGGCGUGGGUGGCGGCGUCGGACCUUGCCCGGCGCGAGCAGGACGGGCCCGAGGACAUGUGGACGGGGCGGUGGUUCAACCUCGCCGGCAAGGCCAAGAAUCGGUACGACCAGGCGCCGCGGAUGUACAACUACAAGGGCGCCUCGCCGGACAGCUGCUUCCGGCACGGCUUCGUCCCGGACACCAUCGCCGUGCACAUGCUCAAGGACGACGCGCGUUGGGCCGAGACGCUCGCCUACUUCAACGCCACGGCGGGGCUCCCGCUCUCCGGCCAGCUCUACCACCUGCCGCCGCCGGCAGGCAGCAGGCCCUGAGCUGAGUUGAAGUUGAACGGUUCCGUUCUUGGCGUGUUCGCUCCCGUGGGGCUCGGUCCCCGGAUGCCUGGGUUGGAUGUUGUCAAGGGUUGGUGGCGGUAGUUAGGCGAGAGGGAGGAUAAUCGUCUUGCCCAUUUGGUGUCGCUGCUGAAUAAUGCUGCUAGAAUAGGUGGUGGCAUAAUUGGGUUUGCUUGCAUUUUCGAGUUUGAAAUGGUGCCUCAUCCCUGGACGCAACUGAUGCCGUUGCGAUCAAACUUUCCGAACUGAAUGAAGUUUCAAUUUUUUUUUUGAGGGGUAUGAAAA